AUGAUAUCAGCAAUGUCCAAGCGUCUCGAAGGGAAAACAGUAGUCAUCACCGGCGCAUCGUCAGGCAUUGGACGGUCUACAGCCUUCGAAUUUGCACGCACGUGCUCUCAGAAUCUCAAGCUAAUUCUUACCGCUCGCCGUGUUGACAAUCUCAACCAGAUCGCAGCAGAAAUUACCAAGGAAGUCGGUGAUGGCGUCAAAGUGCUGCCGGUUCAGCUGGACAUCAACAAUGCGAGCGAGGUGAGGAGCUUCGUUGAAAAACUGCCACUCGAAUUCCAGCAGGUCGAUGUGUUGGUCAACAAUGCUGGUUUGGUGAAAGGUGUCGCCAGAGCCCCGAACAUUGCAGAAGAAGACAUGAAUGUCAUGUUUGCGACCAACGUGACGGGCUUAGUGAACAUGACCCAAGCUAUUCUACCCAUAAUGCUCAAGCGGAACAACGGAGAAGGGGCAGGUGAUAUCAUCAACAUUGGUUCGAUCGCAGGUCGCGAGGGCUAUGUCGGCGGUAGCAUCUACUGCGCAACCAAGGCUGCUGUUAGAGCAUUUACCGAGAGCUUACGCAAAGAACUGAUCUCGAAGAGAAUACGAGUCAUCGGAAUUGAUCCUGGACAAGUUGAGACAGAAUUCUCCGUAGUUCGAUUCUAUGGUGACAAAGAAAAGGCCAAUGCCGUUUAUUCGGGAUGUGAGCCAUUGACACCUGAUGACAUCGCUGAGACGAUAGUCUUUGCGGCAGGAAGGAGGGACAACGUGGUCAUUGCUGACACCCUAAUCUUUCCCAACCACCAGGCCAGUGCGACGGUCAUGCACAGAAAAUCGUCCUAG